AUGAUAUCAGCCCCCAAGCUCUGGGACCGCCUCGUGCGUCCGACGAACGAGCUGGGAGAUACCCCUGUCCCGAGCACUACAAUUCCCGAGCGCCUCUUAGCGUCAGCGGAUGAACAGACUAUGGAGAAUGGCGUGUACAAUUUGAAGCAACUGAGAGGCCUAACAAGCUCAACAGAUGUCGAUGCCCUGGUGGAGGGUUAUGCACGCUGGGUGAUGCAUGCGACCGGUCAGACACAGGUUGCCUUCUGGGUCAUUGCACAGGCGGAGGACUGCAAGUCUGAACACAUCCUGGUCAUCGCACAAUGCAUGGACAACAGCCCUGCACUCACGUGGGAGGCCUUUGGGGUUUGCCUUUCAGUCGUCAACGCAAAGCUGAAGAGGGUCGAGUUUGGGCUGUGUCUCGUGCUGGAAGGAAAGAUGCCAGCUGGGUCGGAAGAUAAUAUCCAGCUCAAGUUAUGUGUCGAUAUCGCAUCCUCCGAAGCCAGGCUCAUAUAUAAACCACGAUCGGUCCAAGGCAAAGGUCUUCUGGCAUUGGUGCAACAGCUGAAGCCAUAUCUGCCGUGCAACGACAAUCAAGAAAAUGCUUCUCAAUUCUGGCAUAAGCAUCUCGAGGGUUUCGUCGGAGUAUGCGAAAGACAGUUCCCAACACUCUCUUGCGUGCGCAUGGUUCUUGAGCCGGACUACCCACCAACCGUGUCACGAACCCUCACGCUAGAGGCGUCCAGGGAACGACUUGAGCAAUUUACUGCUCAGUCCAGCUUAAGGUCAAUCGACACGAUUUCUCAAGGCGCAUUUGCGACAAUCCUCUGCGAAUACCUUGAGCUUGAUAGAGUGAUGCUCGGAGACGUCACCUCAUCCACCGCCGACUCGACUAUUCUGACUUCAGCUUCCAUCCUACCUGUCCCAAUUGUCAUCGGUCCUCAAAUGACAGCGAAAGAGUUAUUGCAUCGCGUCGAUGAGUUCACGUCGAGUGUGGUUGCACCGAAAGAAGUGUCACUGGGGUUGACACGACAGAUACUGCAAUGUCCUCCUUCACAGGCCCUUUUCAACGCACAUUUCAUUGGGAGUCCUCAGACCGGGCCAACAGAGAUACAUUCCGCGCAGUCUAACAUCAAUAGCUCACCGAUAACAUUGAGAGUCCAAUCUUCCGAGGAAUGCAAUAUGUCAUGCACGCUCUCGGUCCGAGGUGACUUGAUGGACACUGAUCAUUUAGACCUCGUCCUACAGCAGAUUGAUGCUUUAAUCACUGCAAUGAUCAGCAAUCCCACGGAGCAGAUCCAUAACCUCACUCAAGCCUUCCCAGAGCAUCUCCUCUCCAGGCACGCACCUGUGGUCAGCGAGCAAGUGAAGCAAGCACCCAGUCUAUCUCCUUUUUACUGGGUAGACCACUGGGCGAACUCGAAUCCAACUUGGUCAGCCGUUGAAGUCAUAGAAUCGGUCAGUGAGGGCGUAAUCCAGUCUCAAACAUGGAGUUAUGGUGAGCUGGCACAGACUUCUGAUCGAGUUGCUACGUGGCUCGCCCGCCGAGGCUGGCGCAACUCCAUGAUCGGCGUGUGCCUCGGUCGUUCCUUUCUCGCUUAUGCAAUAGUCUUGGCGAUAUGGAAGACUGGAAACUGCUACAUUCCCAUUGCGGAAGAUCUCCCCGAAGCACGACGAGUUCUCUUGCUCAGUGAUAGCGGUGCUACGGCUUUGUUCUCUGACAAGGAGGUGCUGGGAGACGUAGUUCCCCCCGAUGGAUGCGAGGUUAUUGAUGUUAACAAUCCUGAGUUCUAUGAGCAGUUUACCAGUGCUGGGGGACCGGCCGUGGUUGAUGCAGACCCGUCUGACAAUUGCUAUCUUCUCUACACUUCCGGGUCCACGGGGCUGCCGAAGGGCGUGUUAGUGACUCGUGGCAAUCUGUCCGCCUUCACAGAAGCGCAGUCCGAAUACAUUUGUCGGGAUGUGCCAGAUACCCUGAAGCUAGGAGGCGCGGGCAGCUACUUGGCGCAUGCCAGUCGGGCCUUCGAUGUCCAUAUCUGUGAGAUGGUUCUGGGCUGGCGCCACGGGCUUCGUCUCGUGACAGCCCCACGCACCAUGCUGCUCGAUAACCUCCGCCUGGUACUCACUCAAUGUCGUAUAUCUCACGCGGGAUUUGUGCCUUCACUCCUCGAGCACACGGGUCUCAGUGCUGAGCAGUUGCCCGAUCUCCGAUAUCUCGGGGUAGGGGGUGAGAAGAUUUCCGAGACAAUUAUCGAACGCUUUGUCGGAAAGCCAUCAAUCGCCCUGGUCAAUGCAUACGGACCAACCGAGGUCACGAUUGGGCUGACAAGCCACACGGUGACCGCUUCCUCGACGGUCAGAAACAUUGGCUCCGCUGUGGGGAGCAUCACUCUCCAUGUUCUUGAGCCGGAGACCAAUAACUAUGUGAAACGAGGCCAGACAGGAGAGCUCUGCGUGACUGGAGAUCUGGUAGCCAAAGGGUAUCACGGGAGGCCGGAUGCCAGAGGAUUCACCGACUUCUACGGGCAACGCAUGUACCGGACGGGAGACAUCGUGCGUCUAAUGGCAAACAACUGUGUUGAAUAUCUCGGUCGACGAGACAGUCAAGCAAAGGUCCGCGGUCAGCGUCUGGAGCUGGAAGAGGUAUCCAUCGCGGUUCGUCGAUGUGCGGAGCGUCCAGUGAACGUCACUUCGAUAGUGACACCAUCGCCAAUCACGAAGCGGCCCCAGUUGGUCACCUUCAUUAGUCCUGCCAGCCAUCGUCCUGAAAAUGCCACAGCACAGCCAGUAUUUGCGCGGGGGGAGUAUCAGAAAUGGGUCCCUCAGGUCUUAGAGCGCUGCCGUCAACAACUCCCAGCUUACAUGGUCCCUAGUGUUCUGCUGCCUGUCACUUUUAUACCUAUACAGAUAUCGGGCAAAGCAGACAAUCGUCGUCUAAUAGCUCUAUACGAGAGUAUCCCUCCUUCCGACCUACUGCAUGGAGCCGAGAGUCCUUCUGCCGCAGAGCGAGAACGAAGUCCGGAAACAGAAAAUGCACCCUUGACAAUUGAAGAGCAGCACAUUGCCGAUCUUGUUUGUUCCCUAACGUCCGCCGAGAGCCAUGCCGUUGCGAAGACAACUAGCAUCUUCCAAUUGGGACUCGAUAGCCUCAGUUCCUUGAACUUAGCAGCUCGGAUGCGUGACGCUGGCUUUGUCUGCUCCGCGUCGGACAUCAUGCGCAGUGCUACAGUGGAGCAAUUGGCACUAUUGCCUAGGUGUGAUGACAAUGCAGGCCGAAGCGCGCAGUCUGAGCGGCAGACCAUCGAAUCCACGCAGCAGCUGGUUGCCCUUGAUCGUGCUGCUCGCGCCUCCCCGAAGCUCAUUCCAAACUCUUCAAUUGCCAUUAUAAGGCCGUGCCUGCCGCUCCAGGAAAGCCUUGUCUCCAGCUCGGUUGACAGCGAGACUUCACUGUACGUCAGCCAUAUGCUAUUUCGGGUGCGGCCUACCACGUCAUUGAAGGCACUCAGACUGGCAUUUGAGGACUUGAUACUGGAAAACGAAAUCUUCCGCACCUGUUUCCACAUCAUGGAUGACCGCGUGGUGCAAGUGGUCUUGAAGCCUCGAGUGGUGAAGGUAGCUUGGGAUGAGAUUGAGGUUGCGGAUGAGGCAGCCGCUCGGGAGCAUUUCAAGAAAUGCCAGUCACAAGUUGCAUCUAAUAUUGUUCGUGGCAUUGAGAGACAACCCCCUAUGCAAAUGACUGCUGCGUACUCCACGGAAAACCACGAUUCCGGAUGGCUGAUGCUGUCCAUCCACCAUUCCAUCUUCGAUGGUGCCAGUAUGGGAAUUCUUCUCGACCGACUUUACCAGCACUAUUCAGGGCAAAUGUCCAUGGGUCCUGGCGAUCUUAGUCCCCUAUACCGCCACUUUGUCAGCUUAUCGGAGGAGGAUGCUGACCAAUACUGGUCUCGAUAUCUCACAGAUUGCCGUCCUGGAGUCAUCGUGAUUGAUGACCCGAGCGAUACGACAUACAGCAUCACGACGGGGAAAUUACCGCUGAAGCUGUCUGAGCUCUCCAGUCUUGCUUCUCGCACACCGACCACUGCCCCGCUGUUAAUGGAAACAAUCUGGGCUAUUGCCCUGGCAAAGCUUCUGGGUCAAGGUGAUGUGAUAUUUGGCCGGGUCAUGAACGGUAGAGCGAUACCGGUAGAUUCAGUCGAAACCAUGUUGGUUCCCCUCGUGACCACAGUCCCUGCACGGUUCCGGCUGCCCCCUGGUGCGUCAAGUCUGGUCAGUCUGAUCAAGGAGCACACUAGAGCUAGUUUGGACUCCUUGCCUUACCAACACACUUCGCUUCGUGCUAUCCAGCGAUAUUGCAACGCCCCAGGCCCUUUAUUCAACACGAUGUUCUCUUAUCUUGCCAUACGCCCUUCAUCAGCCGAUGUCUUACUGCAGGAGAUGGAUAGUGUCAUGGUGGUAGACUUCCCACUGGCACUAGAGGUUAGAGCAGACACGGCGACAGAUACCGUCACACUCCGGCUGAGGACUGCCAAUGAUCCUUCUUUGACUCAGCACGCUACUUCCAUGAUCAGCACAAUACUCAUCCUGUUGCAAAGCCUGGAGGCUGCAGGAGACGCAGUCGUGGAUGAGCCUGCUCUGGUUAUGGUACACAAGCAAAAGCAGACAGCGGCGUGGGACGAGAGUCAAUGGACGGAGGGUGAAACCAAAAUUAGACAGAUCAUUUCUGAGAUUACUGAUCUACCUGAAGACGAGAUCUCCAAGAAUUCCUCAUUCUUUGCGCUCGGCAUCGACUCGGUAAUCUCUAUCCGGCUCGCCCGUUGCUUCCAUGAACAUCAGAUGAAAGUGUCAUCAAGCGAUAUUUUGAGAUAUCCGUCUGUCGGGAUGCUGUAUAAUCAUUUGCUGAACGCUGCUAUUCUACCUUCCGUACGCCAAAGUGAACAGGCUGAAGUGGCCCCGAACGCAGAAAUCGAUUUAUUCCAAGAAGACGACUCAAUUGUUGAGACAUAUCGCUGCACGCCACUGCAGACAGCCAUGAUAGCGCAAUGUUUGAGCUCCCAAGGGAAGGAUUAUGUGCACCACCACAUCGUCACUUUGGACGACUCCGUCGACCUUGAUCGUCUGAACAUUGCGUGGAAGCAGCUUGCAGAGCAGGCUGAUAUUCUGCGGACUUCAUUCCACCGGCACGAGGCAAGUCAUGGUUUCUUAGCUGCGGUUCAUAAACAGCCAUCCCUACGGUGGUCCUAUCAUACUCAAGAAUUGUUGUCGAGGGCCAUUCACCGAAUUUCGGAAGAGACAGGCUAUCCUGAGAUAAAGAGCUUCCAAAGAUCACCAUGGAAAGUGACUAUUCUCCAACACGGCCCGCAGCGGCUUAUGGUUGUGACUAUGCAUCACUGUCUUUAUGACGGCUUCUCCCUUCCACUCUUAUUUAGCUCCUUGGAGAGGAUCUAUCGAGGACAGGAUGCGAUGAUCGAGCCAUUUGCGCCGGCUGCUCGUACGGUCGCAUACCUUCAGAAACAAUCCACGCAAUUCUGGACCAACGCCGUGGCAGGGUAUCGAUACUCUGGCAUUCCAGUUUCACCAGACUCUCUCACAGAAUCUCAACCGCAAUGGGCAGAGGUGAAGGUGCAGGUUUCAGUCACAGAAUUGCUACAUCGAUGCGGUUCUCUCGAAGUGACACUGCAGACUGUCGCCCUUCUUGCGUGCGGAAGGUCACUGGCAGUUCUGUUAGGCCAACGCGACGUGGUAUUUGGCCACGUUGUUUCUGGACGGGGACUAGAUGGCGGUACCACCGGCUCAAUCAUGGGCCCUCUUAUCAACACAGUGCCCUUUCGUCUGACAUUGGACUCCAUUCUGCAGAGUACUCGCUCGACCUUGCGGGCUAUCCAACACUUCUGUGCGGAUGCUCUACAGCAUCAGCGUGUAUCGCUGGCUCAAGUCCAGAAGAACUGGCGUUCAACGAGCCAAAGCCCCAGUCCGUCACUGUUCGACGCCCUCUUCACAUUCAAUAAGUCGGAAAGUCCGGAUCCUACCUCGCUAUUCCAGCCGUACGUGUUGGGCCGCGAGCUGGUCUCUCCUCACUAUAAAUUGAAUGUUGAAUUUGAGCAAGCUCCGGAAUCUCUGUUCAUUCGGGUGUCUUGUCGCGAUGUUUUCGGGGGAAAGGUGGGGCUCGAGGCCUGGCUCGAAACGCUUGCUCAAGGACUGGUCAAGAUAGUUAAUUGCCCCGAUGCGCCCGUGGUGCGCUUUCCGACUGGGCUUAGUGCUUUGCCCCUUGCUGCUCCUUUCCAACACGAUGUGGAUGAUGGAACUGGCGAUACCCCGGCAACGGCGCAGCAAGUGAUGAUCGUCAGCGGGAUUCUUGCAACAGUUACAGAGAUCCCUGUUGACCAGAUUCAUAGCGAUAGCAGCAUUUUCACACUUGGGGUGGACUCGAUUCUAGCAAUCGACAUCAGUGUCAGAUGCAGAAAAGCUAAAUUGAGACUAUCUGCGAGCGAUGUUCUGCGAGGAAAGACAGUCCGAGGGAUCGCGAGAAUUGCUGCGAAGCAUCAGACCACCUUAUCGGACACGGGAGCUGAGGCUGUUUAUGAUACCAUGAUAACUCGCGAGUCAAGAGAAAAAGCCUUGGCUAUGUUGUCUCUGACCGAAGAUGACGUUGAGGCUAUUCUACCUUGUCUCAGUGGUCAGCUCUUCUACAUAUCUCGCUGGCUUCAGAGUGGCAGACGACUUUGGGAGUUCACGUUCGCGUUCCGCAGCAGCGUUCGGAUCGAUGAGAACCGGAUUCAGGAUGCCUGGCACGCGCUUCAGGAGAGACAUAGUAUUCUUCGCACAUCUUUUGCCGCCGUGUCUUCCACUGAGGUCGUGCAGGUUUUGCUUGGAUCUCUUAGGGCUGACAAAGCUCACGUGGAGAGGAGGCUGUGUAAUGAGACUUCUCAGGAUUGUGUUCACCAUUUGAUCCAAGAAAAUGCAGCUUCUCCAUCGAGUAUGUUUAAACCACCAGCCAGGCUGCGUCUUGUGCCUUCGCCUGAAUCUGAUACCCUCCUUCUCACUCUUCAUCAUGCCUUGUACGACGCCUGGACAAUCCCUAUCCUGCUGAGAGAUCUGGAAGCACUGUACCUCGGUACAUCCCUGCCGGCUCCGGUGGACUUCUCCUUAUUUGUCCGUCAAGCCCAGCGCAAGCCCGAUUCAUCCUGGGAGCGAAGACUCGCCAUGGGACAGCCCACAAUUCUCGGGUCGAAUCCUUAUGACCAGCAGGAUUUCCGGGAUGUCAAGUCAUCCGAGUUCUUGUACCCGCAAAAGCUGAGCAAGGUAGAAAAUCUGUGUCAUCAGAAAGGGAUCUCGAUGCCCUCCCUCAUUUUGCUUGCUGUCGGGCGCAGCUUAGCGCGCGUCACAACGGUCGACCACCCGACAUUUGGCCUCUUCCAGGCAGGGCGAUCCAACGACUUCCCUGAUAUCCACCGGCUCGCCGGUCCGACAGUCAAUAUGUUACCCUUUGUCGUUCAGAAUGUCCUUUCUGCCCCUUUAUUGGCCAGUAUAAGCGACAUCCAGAAAUGCCUGAACGAACGUGCUCUGCAGGACCAGACAGACCUCCGACAUCUGCUCCAGACGAUGAAGUCAUCCGGUCACGAUCUUAAGUUCAACGUGCUUGUGAAUGUUGUCUGGGGCAAGUUAAAGCGUGACGCUGGUGGCGAUGCUGGGAAUAGUAUUCUGACCCCUUUUCGCAUCGAGACUUCCGAAGAAUCCAUGAAUGAACCGUCAAUCGAAGAGAGAACGUCCGUCGAUGCCCUGGACUGCAACGAACUGCCGUGUCGUCGCAAUGUGAUGCUGGAGGUGGGGUAUAGCGAGGAGGAGGAUGCGCUGCUGUGGAAGAUUGACUAUACCCUGGAUAUGAUGUCGUCGCGUGAAGCAAAGGAGAUUCUGGGGGUCAUUGGAAAGGAAAUCGAGAAGGUCGUUGAAGCUCUUGCAUCGGAGUAG